AUGCGACUACUGAAAUUCAACGACCGAGGCGUCCUCAGCCUGACCGAAUAUCAGGAAAAUGAGCUUCCCCGCUACGCCAUACUCUCGCAUACUUGGGGAAGCGAUGAAGACGAGGUCACUUUCAACGAUCUUAAACAUUCCUCUUUCAAGAAGAAGGCGGGCUACACCAAAAUUCAGUUCUGCAGCGCGCAGGCCAAACGAGACGGGCUAACAUACUUCUGGGUGGACACCUGUUGCAUCGACAAGGCCAAUCAUAGCGAGCUCUCCGAGGCGAUCACGUUAAUGUUUCGCUGGUAUAGCAAUGCCACUCAAUGCUACGUCUACCUCUCAGAUGUGUCGCGCGACAAUGCCGCUGACAGCCACACCAAGGGGACGUGGGCAUCUAGGUUUCGAAAAAGCGCACGUUUGACGCGAGAUCGAAAGCUACAACGGCCCGUUACUCAGCCAUCGGCAGAGAUCUUUUCUCGUGAGGGCAGGGGACCGGGUGAAGAGAGUGCGGCCGAACAAGCCUUUCGAGAUAGUAGAUGGUUCAAACGAGGCUGGACGCUUCAGGAACUCAUUGCCCCAGCAUCGGUCGAGUUCUUUUCACAAGGGGGAGAACGACUGGGGAGUAAGGCAACGCUCAAACAGCAGAUCCACGAGAUCACCGGAAUUCCAAUCGCAGCCCUCGAAGGCGCACCUUUGUCAGAGUUCCGUGUGGACGAGCGAAUGCAAUGGGCGGCCCAGCGUGAGACCAAAAAGACGGAGGACCGGGCCUACUCUCUCCAGGGGAUAUUCGGAGUCUUCAUCCCGCUGAUAUAUGGCGAAGGCGAGAACGCGCGAGUGCGUCUGCAACGGGCGAUUAGCGAGUCUCUUAGCAAACAGUCGGUGGUGCCUCCGCAACCUCCGGGGAGAGGUCUGGUCAGUCUCCCGUUGCCGAGGAACAAAAACUUUGUCGGAAGGGUCCAGAGCCUUCAAGAAAUCCACAAGAAGGUCAAUUCUUGCGGUUUUCCAAGAUCCAGCUGCGUUAAGUGUGUCGUCAAGGGAAUGGGAGGUAUCGGGAAAACCCAAGUGAUUCUCGAGUACGCUUAUAGGUAUCGAGAAGACUUUUCGUCCGUUUUCUGGAUAAGGGCCAACAGUUAUGAAUCUGCUGUGGAGAGCUAUUGUACUAUCGCACAGAAGAUUGGACUGAGUAACAGCCCUUCCCCUUGGAGUAUCGAAAAAGACCUCGGUAGAGUAGCAGUUUCCUCUGUCCAAAAGUGGCUUACUGCCUCGGAAAAUGGCAAUUGGCUACUGUUACUGGACGGAUGGGAUAACUUGAACGACCAGAGGAUGGAUUCUUUGAUCCCUCACAGUGGUUCUGGUGUGAUCUUAAUUACAAGCCGAAGGGAUGACUGGGCUCGGUGUGAAGAGAUUCUUGAUCUUCAAUUGAUGGAGGAGGCAGCUUCGCUGUCACUACUUUCAAAAAGCUCUUUGACGGAUUACGAACAGGCUGACGAGGAAGAGAUUGUGAAAGUACUGGGAAACCUCCCUUUGGCCGUUGACCAAGCAGGAGCACAUAUCCAUAAUCUGAAGACGCCGGCCAGAAAAUACCUAUCACGCCUUAAGGAAAACAGAGAAACGCUGAGUUGGACACCGCCGAUUAUCCUGUGGCCCUAUGGCAAGGGCGUACUAAGUGCUUGGGACUUAACUUUCCAACAGCUUGAAAGUUCGAGCCCCAAGGUUUUUGAGAUAUUGCAGGUUUGUGCGUUUCUCGCUGGCGAGUACAUUAGCGAAAACUUGCUCAAGUUUGGGUUCAACUUUGCGCAGAAGGACGCCCUAGCUCGGGUUAUGGAAGACGGAAUGGGAAACUUGUUCUCGCUCUCUCUCGCAAAACGCGAAGGUGACGACGACGGGUUUUCAAUCCAUGCAGUUCUUCAAACAUGCAUUCGCCAAAGACUAUCUAGAUCACCCGGCGUUCAAAGACAAGAAUUCGCGGAGACUGCACUCUUGGUUGUUGCCGGUGCUGUACAGAAGUUGACAUCGGAGCGCCAACAAAAUUGGUUUACUUGUCGGCAAGUGCUGUCACAUAUUACAAGCUGUGAGGAGCAUAUCGACGACACCUUGCUGCGCAAGCCAGUUUUUGGCUCUACAAGAGCGCUCUUCAUGCUCGGACAGUUCUGCGAUAAGUUCGGUCGACACGAUCAGGCAAUUAGCUGGUUCGAGAGAGAACUUAACACAGUGCCAGACCUGUCCGUACAUUCAACAUUAGAAUGUCGUGACGGCGUUUCAACAGCCAAGCUCUUUAAGGGCCAGCAUAAUGAGGCAUUGGCCGAAUUUCGUGCUCUGUAUACCGAAGCGACUGAUCAACUCGGUGUAGAGCAUGAGUUAACCAACAAAAUCGCCAAUAGUCUUGGUAUCACUUACAAGAAGACCGGAUCGCUCGAAAAGGCUUUGUGGUGGUAUAGGAGGUCUCUCUUACACAUAAAGGAGAGAUUCGGCGAAAAAGAUCCCAGAGUACUUGCCUCUUUGAACAAUAUCGCGGUGAUCUACAAAGAACAGACAAAGUACAGAGAGGCCUUCGAAAUAUAUCACGAUGUACUAAGGAAAAAGGAGGAAUCAUUAGGGGAGGAAGACCUCUCAACGCUUGAAACCGUCAUGAAUAUCGGCAUCUUGUACAGACGCUGGAAGCGAUACGACGAGGCGCUCAAAUUUCUUCAACGCGCUCUCUACGGAAAGGAGAAGCAACUGGGAAAAGAUGAUCCCAAAACACUUGCAGUGAAAGGCAAUAUCGCCAACGUAUAUCUCCAAAGCGGUCGGCUCGACGAGGCUAUCAGGCUACAUGAAGAGACGUACAAUAGCUAUAAAAAGGUCUGUGGACCGGAGCACCCUGAGGUGUUUACCACGGCCCACUGGCUAGGGGAGGACUAUUGCCAAAAGCGAUGUUACGACAAAUCACUUCAAUGGUAUGAAGAGGCAUUGUCUGGUAGGAAGAGACUGCAUGGUGAGCAUAACGCCGAAACCUUAGAGACCAUUGUGGGUAUGGCAGGAGUCUUCCAGCUCAAAGGCGAAUACUAUCAGGCAUUGACUUGGUAUAGGUGGGCUUUGGUGAGAUUCCGAGAGCGUUUUGGUUCGGAACACUUUGGGACACAAUCGGUAGAACGUCAGCUCAAGGCUCUCCUCCGAUGA